AUGUCUAGUUGUGCAUGUUCGAGUAAAGCAACAGCUGUGCCUAAAGUCUUCGAAUCUGUGGCACAAAAGGAAGAGAAAUGUGCCUUAACUAAUUCAGGAUUAGAUGCAAAUAAGAAAGCAAUGGACAGAGAACCGUCUGAUGUGGAGUACGGAAUGAGACAGACUGAUUUUCGGUCAUUAAAGACUUUAGAUUCGUUUGAUCUGGAUGAACCGGCUUAUUAUUCACACGAUGUAAAAGAAGCAAUGGGCGAUAAUCAAUAUACGCAGUUAUCGUUUAUUCUAUUUGGAUUCACCCUGGUCAGUGGCGAACGUGUUCGUCGAGUGAAACGACAGAAUGAAGAACCUCCCAGCAGUAGUGUCAAAGGUCCCAUCCCAUUCGGAGAGACCACAUACCGGAUCGGUGCCAUGGGAGUCCAAGGAGAACGAGGACCGCCCGGCCCACCUGGUGUAGAUGGUCCUCCUGGUCCUCAGGGUUUAGCUGGACCUGUUGGAAAACACGGUGAUCCCGGAGUUCCCGGUCCGAUGGGUCCACCCGGUCCACCCGGAGCCGAUGGAAAACCCGGUCGAGAUGGUGAACCAGGUAAUCCAGGUUUGGCCGGUGAGAUUGGCCCACCGGGUCCACCCGGUCCCAAUGGUGUACCUGGUGCAAAAGGUCCAGCCGGUCCAAAAGGUUUGAAAGGUGAACGUGGUGAUCCCGGACGAGAUGGAGAUGAGGGCGCUCGCGGAGAUGUCGGCCCGCCCGGUCCAAUCGGUCGGCCCGGACCUCGUGGUGACCUCGGUCCAAUGGGUCCACCCGGAACUCCAGGUCAAACCGGUCCGUCCGGUGCAGACGGUCCACCAGGUCAACAAGGUCCAACUGGUCCACAAGGUAUGCCCGGUCAACCCGGUGAUCCGGGUCCAGUAGGUGAACGCGGUAGUGUCGGUGAGCCCGGUGUGGCCGGUAAUGUUGGAGAUCCAGGUCGUCCAGGUACUGAUGGCCCACCAGGUCCCGAUGGAGAGCAAGGUCCACAGGGUGCCGAAGGGCAAGAUGGAAAACAAGGGCAAAAAGGUGAUACUGGAUUCCGCGGUCCCCUUGGACCAGAAGGAAUGCCUGGUCCGCGUGGUAGCUCUGGUGCCCCUGGUGCUCCCGGCGAACAAGGCAACAAAGGUGCAGUAGGUGAACCGGGACCCCCGGGAAAUCGUGGUCUUCCUGGAAAUGCUGGUCAACCCGGAGGCAUUGGACAUCAAGGACCACCUGGACCACCUGGAAGCGUUGGAAAAGAAGGUAUCAUGGGACCUCGUGGUAUGCCUGGACCAAAAGGAGCUGCUGGGGCAAUGGGUGCCCCUGGUGCUCCUGGUCGUCCUGGCGUGGAUGGCCGACCAGGAUUGCCAGGUCCUCCCGGCCAAAGCGGUCCUCUAGGUCGAUCAGGUCCUCGUGGAGAACCAGGUCAAGUAGGUGCAAUGGGAAAACCCGGACGUGCUGGACCUCCUGGACCACCCGGUGAAAACGGAAAAGAUGGUGCACCGGGUGAUCUCGGUCAACCCGGUCCUCGCGGUUCCCCUGGAAAAUCUGGUCAGAUCGGUCACCCCGGAAUUGUUGGUGCAGCAGGUCCACCAGGUGCUCAAGGUGCUGUGGGUCAACCUGGUCCUCAGGGAGAGCGUGGUUUGCCAGGUCCGGCUGGUGCCAUGGGCAUCAAGGGAGACAAAGGUCCUAAAGGUUUUCAAGGAGACGUUGGUGCGGUCGGUGAUGCAGGUGCACCUGGACCACAAGGCCGACAAGGCCCAACCGGAGACAAAGGUAUGCCGGGUCCAGCAGGCAACGUUGGCCCUCCUGGACAGCGUGGUAUUCGUGGAGCUUCUGGUCCUCCUGGUGAUCCUGGCAAAGACGGUGCCCCAGGCAAAGAUGCCCCGGAUGGUGAAGAUGGUGCCCCCGGUCAGGAUGGACCUCAGGGUCCUAUUGGUCCAGCCGGUCCCCAAGGACCGACAGGUGUUCCCGGAGAAAUGGGUGAAAAAGGAAACUUGGGACCUAUGGGUAUUCCAGGACGAAUGGGUGUUAUGGGUAUUCCCGGAGCUCCCGGUCUACCUGGUCCAGAUGGUCUUCCGGGUUUCAAAGGUGAUCGCGGUAUUUCUGGCUUGAAUGGACUUCCCGGUCAGGACGGUGUUCCAGGUCCGCAAGGCGCUCGUGGUCCUCGCGGUCCUCCCGGUGUCAUUCAGAUUCUCAGCCGAGCUCGAACAGUUGCUCUUGGUCCUCCUGGUGACAUGGGUGAUGAAGGCAGUCCUGGUGAACCAGGUAUACCGGGUAUGGAUGGUCAGGAUGGUCCAGUUGGGCCUACAGGUCCAAUGGGUCCUGCUGGAAAACGUGGGCCUCCAGGACCCCCCGGUCCUGCUGGUAAUCCCGGUGCCGCUGGGCGUGCAGGUGUUCCUGGUGCAGCCGGCACCCCCGGUCCAGUUGGUCCUCAAGGACCUCCAGGUGUUCAGGGUUUGGCUGGUUCACCAGGAAGUGUUGGUCCUCCUGGUCCUCAAGGAUUGCCUGGUCGACAAGGUCCACAAGGAGUUCCAGGAAAAGCUGGUCUACCCGGUCCACAAGGUGAAGCUGGUGUACAAGGCAAACCUGGGACGGCCGGACCAAUUGGCCCACCUGGUUCACCUGGUAAAGAUGGCGAUCCUGGUGACCCUGGUAUUCCAGGUUCACCUGGAGAACCAGGCGAUGAUGGCAGUCCAGGAGCUCCCGGUCGUGAUGGUGCAGCUGGUGCUAUGGGUAUGCGUGGCACUGCUGGUGGUCCAGGUCCUCGUGGUCCUCCUGGUCCCCCUGGUCCUAGUGGUCCUCAAGGUGCGGCUGGUCCAACAGGUCCAGAAGGUCCCAUCGGUCCUCGUGGUCCAAAAGGCAGUCCAGGUUUGGCAGGUGCUGAAGGACCAGAAGGUCCACCUGGUGAGGAUGGUCCACCAGGUGCUGAAGGUUUGAUCGGACCUCCCGGAGAAACAGGUUCUGAUGGUCUUCGUGGUCCCCGUGGACCGCCCGGUGAUACCGGUCCAGUUGGUGAGGUUGGACCCCCAGGUCAACCAGGACGUGCUGGACCUCAAGGACAACGCGGAAUGGCCGGAAAACCUGGUACUCCUGGAGAACCCGGUGACAAGGGACCACCUGGACCUGAUGGAACAAAUGGUCAAGAUGGUGCUCCUGGAACACCCGGUAGUCCAGGGCCUCGGGGACAUCCUGGUUGGUCUGGACCUCCAGGACCUGUUGGACCACCUGGUCCGGAUGGAGCUCGUGGUGAGCCUGGAGAAAUUGGUCCUCCUGGUAAUCCAGGACCUCAGGGUGAAAGUGGAGCGAUUGGUGAAACGGGACUUAAGGGUGUGAAAGGUCAACGAGGAGAUAUUGGUUUGCCGGGUCCAGUUGGCCCGAUGGGACGUGACGGUGCUCCCGGUCCUCCAGGUCCUAUGGGUCCUCCAGGUCCCCCUGGUCCCCCCGGCAAAGGAAUUUAUGCUGAUGAUCCACUGGCUCAUAAGAUUAUGGGCACCGAAACGGUUCAGCGUCCACGAGGAACAAAGACAGCCCCGGCAGUAACUUGCAAACAGUUGGCAAGCCUUAAUCCGGACUUCAAGGACUCUGAGUACUGGAUUGAUCCGAACGGGCAUGAUAUUACUGACGCAGUGAAAGUAUUCUGCCGUAUCCAAACUGGUGAGACAUGUAUCCGAGUGAAACAGACUGAUGCUAAGGUGGAUGAAUUGGAUGCGGAUAGUGUGUUUAGCGAAGAGUUUGUCUACGGUGUGGAAGGUAGUCAACUGGCAUUCCUGAAAGUUCACAGCUCUUCGGCAAGUCAGAGAAUAGCUUCCUCUUGCCUACCUGAUUUGGCAGUAUUGGACAAUGCGAAUGGCUCUGUUUUGCACACGGACAAUGGAGUUGACCUAACCAGCAAUCAUCCACACUUACGGUACAAUGCUCAACCAGAACGAUGUCAGACCGAUUCAAACGGAUUCCAACUUGUGUUCAAAGUAAACGGACCUUCCAGCCGAUUCCCCAUCCGAGAGGUCACUUUGGAUCCAAUCCUCCCAGUGGGCGGUUCUGUCCAGGUUGGAGAAGUCUGUUUCCAAUGA